AUGGAGGACCUCUUCUCACUCCCCAUCUUCUUCAUCACCUUCCGCGAGUCGCUUGAGACCGCCAUCAUCGUCUCGGUUCUCCUUGCUUUCAUCAAGCGUACCUUGGCCACUCAAGAUGACCCCGUACUCCACCAAAAGAUGGUCCAGCAGGUCUGGUUCGGCACUGCUGCCGGUCUCGCCACCUGCACCCUCAUCGCCAUCGCCAUCAUCAGCGGUAUCCACAGCCUAGGUGCAGAGCAGUUCGCCGCCGCCGAGAGCAUCUGGGAGGGUGUCUUCUCCCUUGGCGCUUCGCUCAUCAUCACCGCCAUGGGCGCCGUUCUCCUCCGUGUGACGAAGCUCCAGGAUAAGUGGCGCGUGAAGCUUUCCAAGGCCCUGAACGCCAGCGAAAGCCAUUCUGGCCCUUUUAGCGAACGCAUCAAGUACCUCGGCGAGAAGUACGCUCUCUUCCUGUUGCCUUUCAUCACCGUUCUGCGAGAGGGCUUUGAGGGUGUCCUUUUCAUCGUCGGUGUCGGAGUCAGCAUUCCCGCCUCAUCAAUUGCCCUGUCGGCCGUCCUCGGCCUUGCACUUGGUGCUGUUGUCGGAUACUUCAUCUACAAGGGCUCCAAAACCGCACCCAUUCACCUCUUCCUCAUCGUCUCCACCUGUUUCUUGUACCUCAUCGCCGCCGGUCUUUUCUCCAAGGGCGUCUGGCACUUUGAGCAGAACGAGUGGAACAAGAUUGUCGGCGGUGAUGCCGCGGAGCUCGGCUCUGGCCCUGGCUCUUAUGACAUCCGUAGAAGCGUUUGGCACGUAAACUGCUGCAACCCUGACCUCAACGGAGGUGGUUUCUGGGGUAUCUUCAACGCCGUCCUCGGCUGGCAAAACUCUGCCACCGUCGGCUCCGUCGUGUCCUACAACCUUUACUGGGUCGCCGUCGCCACGGGCUUCUUCUACAUGAUUUGCAAAGAAAAGGGCUACUGGCCCUUUUCCAAGAGCGCCAAGGAGCAGGAACACGAGGGCGACGACCAAGAGCCUCUUCUUAGCAGGCCUGCGAGGUAA